AUGUUUCUCCCUCUACUUCGUCCUGUCCAGCAGGCUCGACAGGGCUUGACACUGCCUCAUUAUACUCUUCAAGCGGACCGCCGCUUCCCCGGACCACCCAGCUGGGAUCCACAUAUUGGAGAGAUCGGUUUUCGUGAUGAUGAUGUAGUUGAUCAGAUCCAGAUGGCUCCGCUGGAGUUUGAAGGGAAAUUAGAGGCCGACCCGGUUAAAAAGGAAAACGGGAUAGAAAGAAGCCUGCAGGAGAGUGUCAACGGAGCAGGGAAGACAAAUAGGAUGGCUGCGCGAAAUGCAAAGUCGUCGGGAGGCAACGAAUGUACGGUAAGCGGAAACCUGUAA